CUUGCCCGCCCUUUUGGUCGUCGGGGAUGAAGAGCUCAUGAACCUCAUUGCUCCCAUCAAGCGUGGGCUGUCAAAGGCAGAUGAGCACGUAGCACACUACGACAACACGCAUUCCUUCAAGCGACGACGCAUGAUUGCAGCCGCAGACACUAUCAGCACUUUCCAGUCGCCUCGAAACUUAGGUUCCAGGUCCAUCCCCGUCCCAGCCAAUAUGACCGAUAUCCUCGCACGCGCUGACUAUGUCCGAGCUAUGCUCGACAAAGAGGCUCCUCAGCUUCAGGCGUACAAGACCCCGCACCUACAGUUCUCCUUGGACUUCCAGCUUGUGGGUUCUGCCAUGGGACUAACGGAGGAAGAGCUUAAUGCCUGCUUCAACAUCAUUCACUCGACAUCGGGAGACGAUUACAAGGCAUCAAGCAUUGGUUGGAAUCCCAAGCAGAAGAAAGAUGAGAUGCGUGAUCACGAGAUGAUGUAUGUGCUGGUCCGCCAGGGCGAUGUAGUGGGCAACACGGUCAAGAAGGUCCCUGCAAAGGAAGUCACGUGUGCGAAGGGAAAGACUGCAGUACAGCCAAACGCACUUGACCAACUAGUGACUACCUACGCCGACGACGAUGAAGACAAGCCUCCCACGACUGCCGAUCCCAACUCGCUCAGGCCGCAGCUUACCAGUGAAGCUCCGUCGCCUACUCCACGCAACACCAACACGAUUCUCGGCUUCAUCUCCUUCAUGUUCACGCACGACGACCCGCCGCACCAAGAUCGCGAAGUCGUCUACAUCUACGAAGUGCACCUGCACGAGAAUCUGCGUGGUCGCGGCCUGGGCUCGAACCUCGUCGAAUUCGUCGAGAAGGUGGCGCGUCGCUUCAACAUCUCCAAGACGAUGCUGACGGUCUUCAUGAGCAACUACAAGGCCAAGGCGGUUUACAAGAGGCUGGGCUACGCCAAAGACGAGUGCUCGCCACAAGCCAGGGUCAUGAGGAGCAAGACCAUCAAGCCCGACUAUGUGAUCAUGAGUAAGGGUCUUUUGUAGUAGUUGGAUUGGGGAUGGAACUCAUGGCGUUUUGCUUAGGCGUUCUGGAUAAGAUACCCACGGUAGGCUGAGAUUCUCAGUGUAAAUCCUACCACAGUCCAUUGGAGACCUCUUUACUUUCUCGAUGAUCUCCAUUUUGUUUUUUUUGUCAAUCACUCAAGCUCAUGCGACACAUUGCACAUAGGAAUUGUUGCCACACCAUAACAUUACUCUCCAGUCUAAAUGCCCAUGGUAUAUAAAACGCCAAAAAUGCUACUCAUCUAUUUGACCA